AUGCAUUCUAUCAGCAUCAACGCUUUAUCAGACGACCUCCUCGUUAAGAUCCUAUUGCACUCUCAGCAACCCGCGCCUCGCAAAUCCGCAAGCAGCACUUUAUGGGCCUCCGUGGAGCCUCGGCCCACGUACACCUCCCAACAUCCGUACGGUGACGAGUCGCUUCAGCAGCAGACAGACAGUCCACUAGCGCCUCCUUCGGCUUCCGCAGACGCCGCGUUUACUCUUCUUAUCGCGUCCGUCUGCCGCCGAUGGCGCCGCCUCGCUCAGCGCCACGUCUCGACGCUCCUGGUGAAGGAGAACUGCGUUGUGUCGCGCCAGGAUCUGAAAAACGCCAUCCGCUGCUUCCCGAACCUCACCCGCCUGCAUCUGUCGGACGGCAGCAUCGAAACCAUCGACGACGCGCUCCUCGCUCACAUCGCCUCGUCGUGUCCGAAUCUGAAGGCUCUGCAUGUGGGGAACGAGAUCGUGCCCAUGGACUGGGAGAGGGAGGAAGACCAUCCCGUGACCGAAGACGGCUUGGACCAUCUCCUGCGUUGCUGCACGCAGCUGCAGCACCUCUCGCUCUACUGCGCGCACGGAGCCGCCAAGCUACCCGAUGCGUUCUAUCACCUCACAAGGCUGCACACGCUGGGUCUCACCGACUGCUCCGCCCUCGAGUCCGCGGAACUCUCGCGUCUCGCGUCGCUCGCCGCUCUGUCUGUGGACACCAACCCUCAGGACGAUCCGACCCCGUGGGGCCUUGCGCAUCUCCCGGCGCUUACCACCCUCUCCUGCUGCAACGAAACGCGCCUGUUUAUACCGGAGCGGGAGCAGGGCGAUGACGCCUUCUCGUUCGCGCAGCUGCGGUUUCUCAAGUCGCUGGAAUUCGAUGACGUCAGCCCGCGGUUCGACCUCAUGUUUCCGCGGGAUUCGUCGUGCAGCCGUCUUGAGCGACUGCUUCUCCGCGAUUGCAACGGGCUCGAGAGACUUCCGGACGAGAUUGGAGGUCUGCUGCCUUGCCUGCGGCAGCUCAGCAUCCGAAAAUGCGAAAGCCUGUCCGAGUUGCCUCACGGGUUCGCCUCCCUGUCCUGCUUAGAGACCUUGUCCAUCUCCCUCUGCAACAUUGUCAGCCUGCCCGAAAACUUCGGCGAGCUGCCCGCGCUUAAGUCACUGUCACUGUUCCUCAAGCACCUCACGGAUCUAUCUGCUUCCUUCUCUCAGCUCACAUUUCUGGGAACCCUAAACCUGGGCCGCUGCGAAGAGCUCCGGGAGCUGCCUCCGGGAUUCGGAAAUCUGACGGCUCUCAGGUCCCUCUGCAUCGAAAAUGCUCCUCUGCUGGAGCUCCCAGAAGACAUCGGACGGCUGGCAAACCUCCGCGUGUUCCACCUGAGCGAGAAUCGCGCGCAGAAGCGCUUUCCGCCGUCGUUCACGCGGCUGGCUUCCCUGACCAGCCUGGGCGUGUUCCUUGGGCUGGGCAGUGGCACUGCCUCGUGUGCGAUUCUACCCUCUCUGGAGGAUCUGGACGUGCAUCUGGCAGGGGAAGCAGAGGAGCUCCCGCUAUCCCUCGCAUUCUGUCCCAGCCUCCGCUCCUUUACGAUUCAAAGCGCCGGCUGCAUGCAAGAGCUUCCAAAUGACAUUGGCGCGACAGUGCAGCAGCUGAGGCAGCUGCACAUAAAGCACGCUGAAGAGCUGACGGAGCUGCCAGCGUCUAUCGCCGAGCUCCGCUCGCUGACAUGCAUCCAAGUCCAUGCUCCCAAACUCUCGUCCCUUCCUGAUCACGUAGGUGCCUUAUCCAGGUUGCGCAAGCUAGACCUCUCCAACUGCUCUGCUCUCACGCACCUCCCUGCGUCUCUCACUCGGCUCUCCUGCCUGCACAGUCUGAACCUCAGCAGCACCUCUGUCUGCUCCCUGCCUCCCGGCUUGGCACAACUGACGAGGCUCAAGAAGCUUGACUUGGAUGGCUGUAGGCAGCUGGAAGGCCUUCCAAAAGAUCUGACAGAGCUGAAUUGCUUCACUGGUUGGAUGUCUCGGGGUGUGACAAAGUGUUGGAUGGUCGGGGCAGAAUCCGAGGUGUAG